UAGAUUACAUCUUGGGCUUAGUUAUGUUAAUUCCAGACUGUUAUCCAACAAUCUCUGAUACGCAUGAGUUCCAAAACAACAGUGCUUGUGACAUCGAGCCCGAGCCGCGACCUUACGACCUACGUGACGUGCGGACAAGUGAUUGCGGCGAAGCGUAGAUGCAAGGGGAGACUACUCCCACUCACACCAGCUAAGUUGCAACAGUUUGAUAAAUCUAUUACUGACGUGAAUGUCGAUUAGGAUUUCCAUUUGGAGGCGGAGAACGAGAAGUGUCUGACAUGGAAAUAGGAGUGACGUGAUAGCUUUCUCGACAGUUUUUCGGUUACGAAAUGGCAAACACAAACUUGUGUAGUGCUACUGAAGUUAUUCAUAGCGAACGUGAAACUGAAGCUAACAUUCGUAACUCGAAUAUCCUAUCCCCAGACGCCCCCAGUUUCAGGAGUUUGACUACGGUAGAAAACAGUAAUGAAGCAACUGAUGCCCAUCCUUUCACGGAAGAAUCCAGAUUCGACCCUGAAUAUAUAUUGGGUGCAUCAUAUCCUUUAAAUGGAUUCUCACUCGAUCACACAUCUUCUACUGUGCUUAGCAACGCAAACACAGCGCCGCGAGGAAUAUUGAUAGAUGAUUUACAGAGUUCAGCAUUUGUGACUAAUACUUUUCCUGGAAACAUCCAAAUUCCUGAUAAGAUUAUGUGGGCAACACCCCAAAUGUUAGCGAUGUCAGGCAACAAUAUACCACACGUUCACGGCAGCCUGAUGGAACACCAGGGAACGAGCAGGCUGCAGGGUCUACCAGAAGCUCCAUCACCAACGAUGCCUUCACAUCCAGUGAUAAUUGGUAACCCUCACGCCUCAGAUUUCGUACAAAAAGUGAUGAAAAAUGUUGCAGGCUUCAAGUCGCCCAACCCUGAUCUUUUACAACAUACAGCUCCUGAUGUUUAUGCAUCUUCCACACCUAGCUAUGUCCUGCUUGGCAAGCACACCCUUGUACCAGAUGUAGUCAGUAUUGUUCCACCGUCAUCACACUUUGGCAGCUUGCCUGUCUUCAUUCAGUUGUCAUCAGAUGUGGUGCCAUCGUUAGGCUCGGACAUAAAUUCAAAACCUGAAUAUGAAGACAUGGGCAAGCAUAUUUCUACAGAAACUUUGCUCGAAGUUAAUUCCACUGCUACUGCAGCUGAUCAAGCCAUCAAAGCAAAACAUUUUGAUGUAGAGCAUCAUUUGCAGCAAGCAGACUUUAAGCAUGCAGUGGUAAUUAGUGUUGUGAGACCUAACAGUCUUGGAGGGAAAGGAAUACAGCAGAUGAUAAACCACUUUAUUGAACAAAACUCUUUGCUGAAAGACACUCAAACACAACAUUUAGAGUGUCCUCAUCUGGGUUCUGACAUAAACUGUUCUUCACUUACUUCACUUGAAGGUGACAGCAAGAGUUUGAGAGAUCUUCAGUGUAGAUAUGAAUCCCAAGAUGCUCUACAUUCUAAUCAGAGGGAUGUUCCAAAAUUAUCAGAUGGAAUGAUUGGUGGAUUGACCAUACAUAAUGGAUCAACACCACUUAUUAGUUGCAGAAGUGAAGAGCAGGACCAGCCCUUGAGUCAGGUACUUUUACCCAAUGAAGAAUGUGCAGAUUUGAGACUUCAAAAUGACAAUCAGUUAACAAAAGGAAACAUUGGCAUUAAUUCUUCAAGUGAUGUUCAUGAUGAAGAACUGGCUUGUGUUGGAAAGGUUUCAUGUAGCAGGUAUCAUGAACAUUCUAGUGAUGAAGUAGAUGGUUCUGUUGUCACAGACUCACAGUUAAAGGAAGUUCAUCUAUGUGAAGUUGCUUGUCCAGGAGGACUGGAUCAUGUCUCUAAAGCACAAAAUACAAAUGAUGAGUCAUCUAAAGAUACUCUUAUAUCUCAACAAGUGGUACAAACAACAGAAGAACAAACUCUUUACAAAUCAUUAGUAACUACAAACAAGAGCAUACCUGCAACUGUGUCUCAUUUACUGUUGGACACAGUAGCCAAUAAGCAAAAAGAAAAAGAAAAUGGCUGUUCAGUCAUAAUUAGUAUUGUUCCUGGAAAUGGAACAGCAGCCAAAGUUACAGUCCAUAGAGUUGAGUCUUGUAGCAGUACCAGUGGUGCCAGUGGCGAUAAACAAUAUACAAGAGAAAAGACUCAGAUUUCAAAGCCAGACAUAAGUGGUGGACAUAACAAGCUUAUCAGAUGUGAUUUCUGCACAGCCACUUUUACCAGGCAAAAUAACCUAACCCGCCAUAAGAAAAUACACACAGUCAAUCUGCAGGAAGAGAAAUACUACCAAUGCCUUUAUUGUAAACGACCAUUCCUUCAGCGAUGUGACAUGAACCGACACAUGCAGAUUCACACAAAGCAGGAGCCAUUCCGAUGUAACACAUGUGGCAAAGGAUACAUUCGAAAGAGUGAUUUGGUUGUCCACGAAAGAUUCCAUGCAAAGAGUCGAGUCUUCAAGUGUGACAAAUGUGAACGUUGCUUCUGCCAGUCAGGUGAUCUGAAGCGACAUAUUCGCUUUGUUCAUGCGGAGAAAUCACUGCUAACAUGUGUCCAUUGCCAUCACAAGUAUGCAAAAGAAACCACAUUAAUCCACCAUAUGAAGAUAGCUCAUAAUGACAUUCUUUUACAGUCAGCAUCACACCAGCCAAAUGCAUCCAGCAGUGGAAAUUCACUUUCCAAGUAGGGUGAACAUCUCGAGAUGUGCUGGUGAACCUGCCUCAUCAGUUUAGGAAAAAAAUAUAGGACGUGCGUAGGCUAGAAAAAUCAUGCAUUAAGAUUUCUAUAAGAUUUCAUAUUCUAGAAAAAAAUGUGGGAACUCUUCCAUGAUGAGUUUCAGGUUUUCAAGUUUUAUGAACUGUACAUCAUUUGGUUUCCUGUGCAAGAAAAUUCGAUGAGACUUGUUGAUAUCCUUUUAGUUGAUAUACAACCACAUAACACACCUUUUAUGUUACCUCUUAAGGGUCAGAGCACAUGUAUUUUGAUAGUUUUGAUACAGUAUUUGUGUAUCACUCAAAUGUUCAUUGUUAUGAAGUUAUUGUGUUUAGCAGACGGAAAUAUGUUUGCAUGUAUUUUAAGACUUUUUAUUUGACAAUUUUAUUUUGCACAUUUGUGCAUAUGUAUUAGUACGAGCAAAUGUAUAUGUAUACCUGUGUAUGCAAGCAGCUGGAUGAAGAGGCAAAGUUUUUGUGCAAAUUAUAGUUCCAGAAUGUUAAAUAUUUUUUGCAGUCCCUCCCCUCUCCCUCAUAAAAAAGAAAGUGCAAACAAUAUUAAGAAAUAAAAGAAUCUGUGAUUUGUAAAAUUCAGGCAGUUAACAUGACUGUGAUGAUUUAUUCUCAGGUGGGGAAUCUUGACAGAUAAAAAGUGUAUUUAUCUGUCUCAAAUAGAAAGUGUUAUGUUGGUGACAGUUUAUUUAUGUUACUGAAAGUUUUUUUUUUUUAUCCAUUCUGUUUCUAAGAUUAUUUACUGAUCUUUGGACCUACAAAGAUAUGAUUACAUUUUUGUAUAUAAUUAUGCUGUAAACUAAUUUAGAUUUGAAGGUGGCAGAAAAGUGCUGUGACAAGAUUCAUUUACAAUGUGUUAUUUUUAAUUGUUAUAGUUCUUUUAGUUUUAAGUUUUUACUUAACGUACAUGGUUGUUACACUAUUUGGGCUUUUAAUAGUAAAACCUGGUUAACUCACUUUGAGAAUAAAGUGUGCUUACUGUAAUA